CUGCCGCCGCACCGACCGCGGCCGGGAGUUGCGUUCUUUGCCCGCGGCGGGCAGCUGCGGCUUUGGGAGGGAAAACCGGGCUCGUCGCGUCCCCGCGCUCGGCAGCGGCGCCGCCAGAACGGGCUCGGCUUCUCCGGUGGAGCGGCCGCGAGGCGAGAAAGGAGGGACUACUUUUCUCCGGCGCGGCGCAUGCGCAGGGUGGAGGAGUGAGGGCGCGGCGGAAGACACGGUCUCCGCUUGGUUUUCUGCCAGCGCGGGCGGUGCUGCGUCCCGGGGUGAAAUCGCUGCGCGCAGUAGGACCGCGAGGGGAGCCGCCGUCGCCAUUUUGAAGCGGUUGUUGGGGGAGGCGGCGUGUGCGCUCCCCUCUGCCCGGCCCGGCCCCGCGCCCUCUCGCCCGCCCGCUCUCUGCGCUCCGGCCCUCUACCGCCGCAGCCAUUGCUGACCUUGCCAUGUCCGGAGGGGGCGUGAUCCGCGGCCCAGCCGGCAACAACGACUGCCGCAUCUACGUGGGGAACCUGCCCCCCGACAUCCGCACCAAGGACAUCGAGGACGUCUUCUACAAGUACGGGGCCAUCCGCGACAUCGACCUCAAGAACCGCCGCGGAGGCCCGCCCUUCGCCUUCGUCGAGUUUGAGGACCCCAGGGAUGCGGAGGACGCCGUCUACGGGCGGGACGGCUACGACUACGAUGGGUAUCGCCUCCGCGUGGAAUUCCCUCGGAGCGGCCGGGGUACCGGUAGAGGUGGCGGCGGCGGUGGCGGAGGCGGAGCCCCCCGGGGCAGGUACGGCCCCCCGUCCCGGCGCUCGGAGUACAGAGUGAUCGUCUCGGGGCUGCCUCCAAGUGGAAGUUGGCAGGAUUUAAAGGAUCACAUGCGUGAAGCAGGUGAUGUAUGUUAUGCUGAUGUUUUCCGAGAUGGCACUGGUGUCGUGGAAUUUGUACGGAAGGAAGAUAUGACCUACGCUGUGCGAAAACUGGAUAACACUAAAUUUAGAUCUCAUGAGGGAGAAACUGCCUACAUCCGUGUUAAAGUUGAUGGCCCAAGAAGCCCAAGCUAUGGAAGAUCUCGUUCACGCAGCCGUAGUCGUAGCAGAAGCCGUAGUCGAAGCAACAGCAGAAGCCGCAGUUAUUCCCCAAGAAGAAGCAGAGGAUCUCCACGCUACUCUCCCCGCCACAGCAGAUCCCGAUCUCGUACAUAAACGAUCACUAGCUCUGAUCUUUUUGUAGAACCCCAUGUUGUACACAGUUUUCCUUUUACUUAGUACAGUCUUUCAUUAUUUUUUUUUUUAAUUCAAACUGUUUUAUUCAAAUUGGCUGAAGUGUUGAAUUGCAUUCUUGUGUAAAAUCCCUAGUGAGUAUUUGCUCCUUAACAUCAACAUUCCCCUCAUGUUUUUGGUAAAUUGUAUUUUAAUUGAUGUCAGUCAGGAUCGUUUCAAUUUAGUUCUAGUUAAAUACCAACAUUCUUCGAACUGUGGUAUUGCUGUGUAAAUGUCUCAGUGUUCAGCUAUGGUUUAUACGAGCUGGGGAUGUUGGGAUGUUUGUGGCUAACUUGUCUCUUCUGGGGGAUCUUAUAUUUUAUCUUGCCUUUUCGUGUGUCUUUCUGUAGACAUAUCUGAAGAGAUGGAUUAAGAAUGCUUUGGAUUAAAGGAUUGUGGAGCACAUGUCAAUCAUUUUAGGAUUGUCAAAAGGAGGAUUGAGGAGGAUCAGAUCAAUAAUGGAGGCAAUGGUUUGGAUUGGAGAGGGCUCACUGGAUCCCAAUCCUUGGAGCUGGAUCAUUGGAUUCAAAUCAUAAUGUGGAUAGGAUAGGGAGGCUGAAUUACAAGGAUUCAUGGAGCGGGAUCAAAUUACCAGGAACAUAGGAGUGGAUUCCUGCCCCAACCAAACCGCAUUCGUGUGGAUUUUUUUUAUUCAACUCAAUUGGCUAUUCCAAAGAUAUUUUUUUUUUUCCUAUUUUUGACGAUUGGAGCCCUUAAGAUGCACGAUGGAGUUUUUCAUUUUUUUGGUAAAAGGAGCAAAGCGAGGACCUGGAGAGGUACGCUGGAGCAAUCUCCUUGGAAGGAUUCAGCACGAGUAGAUGGUAAACGUUAAAGGGGAAAAAAAGGGGGGUUUGUUUAAAAAAAAAAAAAGUAAAUAAGUCAUUUCUCUAAAUUUAAAGACAAAAAUUGGAGUUAAAGAUUAAGUAGGUUUUCAAUUGGCUAUUGCCUUUUUUCUUUGACAAAUAAAAUUUUUAAAAAAACA